AUGCUCAUCGCAAUUUUUUCACUUUCUUCCUUUAGUCUUAAACUGUUAUAUGUAGCUUUCAGUAAUUCAAGACAUUUCGUUGAUAAAACGGUUAAAUAUUAUCCUACAGACUACCAUUACACUAAGAUUGAACGUGAAAAUAUGUCGUCUGCAAUUGAUAAUCUUUUCGGUAAAGUUGACGAGAAAAAAGUAGAAUCCGCCGUGGAUAAACUAUUCAGUUCAUCUUGUGGUCCUAUCAAUAAAAUACAGGUCAAGAGUAAAACCCGUACUGUUCUUCCUGAUUCCAAGAAGAGAGAAAGAUCCACCGAAACCAGCCAGGAGAAGGUAGAAAACAAGGACGCAGAAGUUGUCGAGGAACAAACUGAAGAUGCCACCCUUCCAAAGCCAAAAAAGGUCAAAAAAACUAAAAACAGUGACGAAGACGAAGGUUUAGAGGCCCGUUACUAUGCCAAAUUACUAAACGAAGAAUCCAAGGAUGAUAAAGCUAAAACAGUCAGCGGCGAUAAAGCAGCAUCAACAACAAAAUCCAAUGACCUAACCACACCAAAUGCAUCAGCAGCCAAGAAGGUAGAUUUCAAAGAAGAUGAAUUGGAAAAAGCAGAAAGAACUGUUUUUAUUGGUAAUAUACUAAGUACUGUUAUUACAUCCAAAAAAGUCUAUAAAGAAUUUAAGAAACUUUUCGGUACAAGUCCAGCUGUCGAAACUGAAGAAUCCGAUAACGAUGACGAAAAAGAAGAUGCCAAGAAGGAAAGCUCUAACCCAUUUGCCAUUGAAAGUAUAAGAUUUAGAUCCAUUUCCUUUGAUGAAGCUCUUCCCAGAAAGGUUGCGUUUGUCCAACAAAAAUUCCACAAGUCAAGAGACACCGUAAACGCUUACAUCGUAUAUAAGAACAAGUCAGCUGUAAGACAAAUUUGCUCGAACUUAAACGGUACCCUUUUACAAGAUCAUCAUUUAAGAGUCGACGCUGUUGCACAUCCAGCUCCUCAUGACAACAAGCGCUCUAUCUUUGUAGGUAAUUUGGAUUUUGAAGAAAUUGAAGAAAGUCUUUGGAAACACUUCGAAUCAUGUGGUGAUAUUGAAUACGUCCGUAUCAUCAGAGAUUCAAAGACAAAUGUGGGUAAAGGGUUUGCUUAUGUACAGUUUAAGGACUUGCAAAGUGUUAACAAAGCUCUUUUGUUGAACGAAAAACCUAUGAAGUCUCAAAAGCAAGAAGACGAAGAUUCAAAAAAACCAGCCAAGAAGGCAAGAAAGUUGCGUGUUUCCAGAUGUAAAAACAUGAAAAGAGGUACCACUGUUGGAGCUGGCUUAGAUAAAAAUGGUUUAACUGAUUCACAAAGAACCAAAGCUGGUAGAGCCAAGAAGGUUUUAGGUAAGGCCGACAGGGCAACUUUGGGCCAGGAAAUUACCAUCGAAGGUCAAAGAGCCAAAAAGGGCGAAGGCUCCACCCACUUAAAGAAGAGGAAACAAAGAUCUCCUACAGGUAGAGUGACGCAGAGAUCGAUAGCAUUCAAGAAAGCCCAAGCUGAAAAAACAAAGAAAUAG